AAGAAAGUCUUGGGGUGUAACAAUUAGAGAAGGGUGUACGGAGGAGCUCCCAGGCUGAAGUCAAGAUAGUCGUCCUUUCACCUGCCUCAGCGCCAGGGAGAGGAGGCGGAGGAGGUCCGGUCCGACCCGGAGCCCCCAGCGCCCACCGCCCACCGCGGUGGGGGCAGGGCCAGCGGGCAGGGCUAUGUGCCGCUAGCAGGCUAGGCAGAGGAAGUGGUUACCAAGUUGAGCUAUGGAGAAGCCGGAGUCUCUCGCACCUGUUAGUGGCCUCAGUGUAGAAUCCCCUGGCGGGGUUUCUAGGACAGUAGCUGGCAGUGUCAGAGGUAUACCGACAGACACUGGAUUACCUUCCGGAGUAGCCUUGCUUCGCGGUCCUGGCUCCCUCUUGCAUCCCGGGAACCCUGUAGUCCGCAGUCCUGGUCCAAUUCAGCCCUCUGAAGGGGCAGUGACCCUCAAUUCAGGCCCCGCUCCGCCACUCCAGGAGGUUGCAAGCCUUGGGUCCAGCACACCCCCUGGCACUGGAACUGGUGCAACUAAGGCGUCCACCCCUGGACCGGAGGAGACUAAAGUGUACAGCUCGGAGAGUAGUACACACUCCGGGUCAUCUCUCACGGAGCGGCCUCGGAGCAUCCUAAAAAACAGCAGCUCCAUUUUGAUAAAGAAACCCUCCGGUUCGGAGAACCUCUACGAGGGAAUAUAAGAAGAAGUUUUUGCCGGGAAGAAUGAAGGAGAGCUCUCUGUUAGGAGAGGGUCGCCAGAAGAGCUCCCUCCUUUGCCCCUUCCCUCACCUUAGGAAGUCUCAGCGCUGGGAUGAAAUGAACAUCUUGGCGACCUACCACCCUGCUGACAAAGACUAUGGCUUUAUGAAGGCGGAUGAACCCAGAACCCCCUACCACAGGCUGCAGGACACCGAUGAGGACCCAUCCGAGGAGUCUUCUCUCAAGGUGACUCCUCAGUCAGUGGCAGAGAGGUUUGCCACAAUGGACAAUUUCCUCCCCAAGGUCCUCCAGUACGGAGACAACAAAAACUCAAAGACCACAGACAGCUUUGCCAAGACAUACUCCAGUGAUUUUGACAAGCACCGAAAGAUACACUACAGUGAAGGGAAGUUCCUGAAGUCCCCGAGAAACCUGCCCAGUGAGGACGAGAGCACCGGUGCCAGCAUCAGCAGCAGUAAUCAAGCUGUGGCGACAGACCUGAAGCCUAGGCCUGUGGAGAAAGGCUGGGCGGGGAGACUGGCCACAGGAGUCAACGACGACGCUGUCCUGAUGACUGAUAGCCACGUCUUAAACACCAAUGAUUCUGCUAUCUAUAGAAACCAGUUCCCCUCAGCCUCAGACUCUUCCAUGGGGCAGCUGGCUCAUCUACAGCGCAGGGAAUACUACAGCAAAGGAAGGUAUCUGAGGUCCGGCUCCCGCCCAGAGCUUGGAGAGGAUAUAGAAGAUGAAGAACAGGACAGUCCUUCAGGUUUGACCUGGGUUACUGAGAAUCCCAAAGGCACUCCAGUCAAUGGGUCACAGGUGACGCCCAACUGUUGGGCUAAGGGGCCGAGGUGCCGAAGCCCAGGGAGCUCAGAAAAGGAACAUGGAAGUAACCAGAACCCUCCAAGCUGGAAUGGGCGCAGACGUGAGCCUGGGCCAAGGCAAGGGGGUAACUUGACUGCCCAGGGAGGCAGAGGGGUUAAGUGGGUAGGUUCUAGACAUUUGUGGGUCACAUGGACAAGAGCUUACCCCUGCUGCAAGAAAGCCUAACCUUUUCUUUCUCUAGAUGAAAGCUUGCGGCUCCAGUGGACUCAGGAAAAAGA